GUGUUAGUUCCUUCCCUUUCUCCACUGUGCUCCUACUCUCUCUAAGUCAACAUGAGUCGACACUUUAGUUCCAGGUCUGGGUACCGGAGCGGAGGAGGCUUCAGUUCUGGCUCUGCCGGGAUAGUCAGCUUACAACGCAGAACUACUAGCUGCUCUGUGCGCCGUAGUGGGGGAGGUGGCGGGAGAUUUUCAGGUGGCAGAUGUGGUGGUGGGGGAGCUGGUGGUGGCUUUGGAAGUCGAAGUCUUGUGAACCUUGGUGGCAGUAAAAGUAUCUCCAUCAGUGUGGCUGGAGGAGGUGGACGUAGUGGUUUUGGUGGUGGUUUUGGCUUUGGGGGUGGUAGUUUCGGUGGUGGUGGAUUUGGGGGUAGUUUUGGCAGUGGUGGUUUGGGUGGUGGCUUUGGUAGUGGAGGUGGUUUUGGUGGAGGUGGUUUUGGUGGAGGUGGUUUUGGGGGUGGUUUUGGGCCUGUUUGCCCCCCUGGUGGCAUACAGGAAGUCACCAUCAACCAGAGCCUCCUGCAGCCUCUCAAUGUGGAGAUUGACCCUGAGGUCCAAAAAAUAAAGUCUCAAGAAAGGGAGCAAAUCAAGUCACUCAACAACCAAUUUGCCUCCUUCAUUGACAAGGUGAGGUUCCUGGAGCAGCAGAACCAGGUGCUGCAAACAAAAUGGGAGUUGCUGCAGCAGGUAGACACCUCCACCAGGACCCAAAACUUAGAACCUUACUUUGAGUCAUAUAUCAACAAUCUCAGAAAGAGAGUGGACCAACUGAAGGGCGAUCAAUCGCGAAUGGAUUCAGAACUGAAGAACAUGCAAGACCUGGUGGAAGAUUACCGGAACAAGUAUGAGGAAGAGAUCAACAAACGGACAAAUGCAGAGAAUGAAUUUGUGACUGUCAAAAAGGAUGUGGAUGCUGCUUACAUGAACAAAGUGGAACUUCAAGCCAAAGUUGACAACUUGCGUCAGGAAAUUGAGUUCUUCACAGCACUCUACCAAAUGGAGCUGUCUCAGAUGCAGACUCACAUCAGUGACACUAAUGUCAUCCUCUCCAUGGACAACAACCGCAGCCUGGACCUGGACAGCAUCAUUGCUGAGGUCAAGGCCCAGUAUGAGGAGAUCGCCCAGAGGAGCAAGGCUGAGGCCGAGGCCCUGUACCAGACCAAGUAUGAAGAGCUCCAGAUCACUGCUGGCCAACAUGGAGACAAUUUGAAAAAUUCAAAGAUGGAGAUUUCUGAGCUGAAUCGGAUGAUCCAGAGACUUAGAUCUGAAAUUGACAGUGUAAAGAAGCAGAUCUCUGCGCUGCAGCAGUCCAUCAGCGAUGCUGAGCAGCGUGGUGAGAAUGCCCUCAAAGAUGCCCAGAACAAGCUGAAUGAGCUGGAGGAUGCCCUGCAGAAAGCCAAGGAAGACCUGGCCCGCCUGCUGCGGGACUACCAGGAGCUCAUGAGCACCAAGCUGGCCCUAGAUCUGGAGAUUGCCACCUAUAGGACCCUCUUGGAAGGAGAGGAAAGCAGGAUGUCUGGAGAGUGUGCCCCCAACGUGAGUGUGUCUGUGAGCACAAGCCACACCAGCAUCAGCGGAAGUGGUGGCCGAGGAGGCGGUGGUAGCUUCGGCUACGGCUCCUCUGGAGGUGGCAGCUAUGGAGGCGGCUCUGGCGGAGGUGGCAGCUACGGCUCCGGAGGCGGCGGUGGAGGCAGCUUCGGUGGCGCCGGCGGCAGCAGUGGGGGACACAGAGGCAGUUCUGGAGGGGGCGGCGGCAGUUCAGGAGGCAGGGGCUCCGCCACUGGCGGCAGCUUCGGCUCCUCGGGAGGCCGGGGAUCCAGCUCUGGGGGCACAAAGACCUCCAGUGGCAGUUCCAGCGUGAAGUUUGUUUCUUCCAGCUAUUCCCGAGGAACCAGAUAAAGAGGCGUUCUCUACCCUGUUAGCUAGCUCUCCCUCUCCAUCAGUACCAAAUACGCUUGGGAAGACCAAAGUCAGUUGCCCCAUCCUUAUUGAAGAAAAAGGCUGCUGGUUAGUUACAUAGCUCAUCUUAUUUCCCCAGCUCUUUCCUUUCUGUUCUGCUUCCCAAAGAAGUUUUUAAAUCAGUGUCUAGCUCAGUCCCUGGCUAUGACCCUGCUUUGUGCUUUGCCUCAGAAACAGUUUAACCAUCACAACUACCCGCAUCACAUUUCAGAGCACUUCUUAAGUCAGCCAGACGCGGGCUGGGUAGACCCACGGUUUCUUUGUCAUGCACGGAGCCGCGUGCUCUGGACAGUUCAUCACUAUCCUGCCUGUUGCAGCAAACUCUGUGCUGCUUUGGUUUUGUAAAUACGGUGUAAACAAGUUUGAUUGACUUUGUGGAGAGGUCUUAAACUCCUGCUUCCCUGUGUUGCUGCAAUAAACUGCAUUUGAAAUUCUC